AGCCCCGCUCGACCCCGGCGUGCGCAGGCGCGGUAUCCCCCCUCCCCCGCCAGCUCGACCCCGGUGUGGUGCGCAGGCGCAGUCUGCGCAGGGACUGGCGGGACUGCGCGGCGGCAACAGGAGACAUGUCGGGGGUCCGGGGCCUGUCGCGGCUGCUGACCGCUCGGCGCCUGGCGCUGGCCAAGGCGUGGCCAACAGUGUUGCAAACAGGAACCCGAGGUUUUCAGUUCACUGUUGAUGGGAACAAGAGGGCAUCUGCUAAAGUUUCAGAUUCCAUUUCUGCUCAGUAUCCAGUAGUGGAUCAUGAAUUUGAUGCAGUGGUGGUAGGCGCUGGAGGGGCAGGCUUGCGAGCUGCAUUUGGCCUUUCUGAAGCAGGGUUUAAUACAGCAUGUGUUACCAAGCUGUUUCCUACCAGGUCACACACUGUUGCAGCGCAGGGAGGAAUCAAUGCUGCUCUGGGGAACAUGGAGGAGGACAACUGGAGGUGGCAUUUCUACGACACCGUGAAGGGCUCCGACUGGCUGGGGGACCAGGAUGCCAUCCACUACAUGACGGAGCAGGCCCCCGCCGCCGUGGUCGAGCUAGAAAAUUAUGGCAUGCCGUUUAGCAGAACUGAAGAUGGGAAGAUUUAUCAGCGUGCAUUUGGUGGACAGAGCCUCAAGUUUGGAAAGGGCGGGCAGGCCCAUCGGUGCUGCUGUGUGGCUGAUCGGACUGGCCACUCGCUAUUGCACACCUUAUAUGGAAGGUCUCUGCGAUAUGAUACCAGCUAUUUUGUGGAGUAUUUUGCCUUGGAUCUCCUGAUGGAGAACGGGGAGUGCCGUGGUGUCAUCGCACUGUGCAUAGAGGACGGGUCCAUCCAUCGCAUAAGAGCAAAGAACACUGUUGUUGCCACAGGAGGCUACGGGCGCACCUACUUCAGCUGCACGUCUGCCCACACCAGCACUGGCGACGGCACGGCCAUGAUCACCAGGGCAGGCCUUCCUUGCCAGGACCUAGAGUUUGUUCAGUUCCACCCCACAGGCAUAUAUGGUGCUGGUUGUCUCAUUACGGAAGGAUGUCGUGGAGAGGGAGGCAUUCUCAUUAACAGUCAAGGCGAAAGGUUUAUGGAGCGAUACGCCCCUGUCGCGAAGGACCUGGCGUCUAGAGAUGUGGUGUCUCGGUCGAUGACUCUGGAGAUCCGAGAAGGAAGAGGCUGUGGCCCUGAGAAAGAUCACGUCUACCUGCAGCUGCACCACCUACCUCCAGAGCAGCUGGCCACGCGCCUGCCUGGCAUUUCAGAGACAGCCAUGAUCUUCGCUGGCGUGGACGUCACGAAGGAGCCGAUCCCUGUCCUCCCCACCGUGCAUUAUAACAUGGGCGGCAUUCCCACCAACUACAAGGGGCAGGUCCUGAGGCACGUGAAUGGCCAGGAUCAGAUUGUGCCCGGCCUGUACGCCUGUGGGGAGGCCGCCUGUGCCUCGGUACAUGGUGCCAACCGCCUCGGGGCAAACUCGCUCUUGGACCUGGUUGUCUUUGGUCGGGCAUGUGCCCUGAGCAUCGCAGAGUCGUGCAGGCCUGGAGAUAAAGUCCCUCCAAUUAAACCAAACGCUGGGGAAGAAUCUGUCAUGAAUCUUGACAAAUUGAGAUUUGCUGAUGGAAGCAUAAGAACAUCGGAACUGCGACUCAGCAUGCAGAAGUCAAUGCAAAAUCAUGCUGCCGUGUUCCGUGUGGGAAGCGUGUUGCAAGAAGGUUGUGGGAAAAUCAGCAAGCUCUAUGGAGACCUAAAGCACCUGAAGACGUUCGACCGGGGAAUGGUCUGGAACACGGACCUGGUGGAGACCCUGGAGCUGCAGAACCUGAUGCUGUGUGCGCUGCAGACCAUCUACGGAGCAGAGGCGCGGAAGGAGUCACGGGGCGCGCACGCCAGGGAAGACUACAAGGUGCGGAUUGAUGAGUACGAUUACUCCAAGCCCAUCCAGGGGCAACAGAAGAAGCCCUUUGAGGAGCACUGGAGGAAGCACACCCUGUCCUAUGUGGACGUUGGCACUGGGAAGGUCACCCUGGGAUAUAGACCCGUAAUCGACAAAACUUUGAACGAGGCUGACUGUGCCACCGUCCCCCCAGCCAUUCGUUCCUACUGAUGAGACAAGAUGCAGUGAUGACAGAAUCAGCUUUUGUAAUUACAUAUAAUAGCUCCUGCACGUGUCCAUGUCAUAACUGUCUUCAUACGCUUCUGCACUCCGGGGAAGAAGAAGUACAUUGAAGGGAGAUUGGCACCCAGGCUGGGAGCUUGCCAGGAACCCAGUGGCCAGGGAGCGUGGCACUUACUUUUGUCCCUUGCUUCAUUCUUGUGAGAUGAUAAAACUGGGCACAGCUUUUAAAUAAAAUAUAAAUGAACAAA